CAGAGAAAGACGGAGAGGGAGGGUGAGAGGCUGGAAGUGUGUGAGCAGAGAGAGAGAGAGAGAGUGAAAGAGAGCGAGAGCAAGAGAGAGGGAGAGAGAGAAACAGCAGUGUGUGUGAGAGGUUGAAGGAUCACUUCAAUCCCGUCUUGUUUUUGGGGGAGACUAACCUUGUUCAUCUGAAGCAUUGUCGGACUGUUUUAUGUUGUUGUUGUCGAGAGAGACGGACCCUUACUCCAGCAUGCUCACUGAGCCUGAGCUACCUCAGGAGUGUAACAGGAUGUCUUCCAAGCGACCAGCCUCUCCAUAUGGGGGGACAGAUGGAGAGGUAACCAUGGCAACCAGCAGACAGCGAGUGGAGGACGAGGAGAGCGAGGGACCGGGCGGUGUCAUCCACCUCCCCCUGGCCUCCUACUGCGGAAAGGUGUCCCCUCACUCGCCCCCCAGCCGCCACUUGGAUAGCCCCCCCAGCACGGAGCACGACGGCAUCAAGGGGAGCUCUCUGAGUCCGUACCCACAGCACAACGCUACCUCACCGGGCAAAGAGGAGGGCGGAGGAGGCGGGGGGCGACCCUGCAGCGACGGCGGCUCGGCAACCGGCACCCUGGGGACCCCCGAGAGACGCAAGGGCAGCCUGGCGGACGUCGUGGACACGCUGAAGCAACGCAAGAUGGAGGAGCUGAUCAAAAACGAGCCAGAAGAGGCCCCCAGCAUUGAGAGGCUGUUGUCAAAGGACUGGAAGGAUAAACUUUUGGCCAUGGGCUCAGGGCACAUCGGAGAAAUUAAAGGUACCCCAGACAGCCUGGCGGAGAAAGAGCGCCAGCUCAUGGGCAUGAUUGGCCAGUUGAGCAGCCUGAGGGAGCAGCUUCUGGCGGCGCACGAGGAGCAGAAGAAGCUGGCCGCCUCACAAAUGGAGAAGCAGAGGCAGCAGAUGGAGCUGGCCAAGCAGCAGCAGGACCAGAUUGCCCGGCAACAGCAGCAGCUCCUGCAGCAGCAACACAAAAUCAACCUCCUGCAGCAACAAAUCCAGCAGGUCCAGGGCCAGCUCCCUCCACUGAUGAUUCCCGUGUUUCCUCCUGACCAGCGGACCCUGGCGGCCGCCGCAGCCCAGCAGGGCUUCCUAAUGCCCCCUGGCUUCAACUACAAGCCUGGCUGCAGUGACCCCUACCCUCUCCAGCUCAUCCCCACAACAAUGGCUGCCGCUGCCGCUGCCACGCCCGGCCUGGGGCCCCUGCAGCUACAACAGUUGUACGCAGCUCAGCUGGCGGCCAUGCAGGUCUCCCCGGGGACGAAGCAGCACAGUGGCAGCCUCGCGCCCCAAGCCAACCUGGGCGCUCACUCCCCACCCACCAACUCACAUCCACAGGGCGACAAGAACCGCAGCUCCCCACCUUCAAACAAAAACAAGGACAGUGAGGGUGCACAGCCACUGAACCUGUCGGCCAAGCCUAAGGCAUCCGAGAGCAAGUCACCCAACUCCCCCCCAACUUCCCCACAGGUUCCCGCUGCCGCUGCCGCCACCACCAAGCUGGGUCCCACCGGCUCCAUGAAGCACAGCGCCGUGCCCUCCAGCAUCGGAGCGCCGUCCACCAGAGUCAGCUCAAUAGCAGACUUGUUGUCUUCGUUGUCGUCGACAGCCUACCUGAACGACCACGAGGCGGUGAGCAAGGCCUUCGCCGAGGCCCGGCAGAUGAAGGAGCAGCUGAAGGGGGAGCAGCAGGCCCUGGACGCCAAGAUGGCCUCCGUCAGCAACCUCAGCCUCAACAACGGCCGCUCCGACAAGGACAAAGCUGCCUUGGAGAGUUUGAGUCAGCAGCUGAAGCAGCAGGCCGACGACAAGUUCAGCCACGCCAUGCUGGACUUCACCAUGAGCGGAGACUCCGACGGAUCCCCCAGCGUGUCUGACUCCAGAAUAUUUCGGGAAACGCGUGGCAGGAACAACAACGAGCCGCACAUUAAGCGGCCGAUGAACGCCUUCAUGGUUUGGGCCAAGGACGAGAGGCGGAAGAUCCUCCAGGCCUUCCCAGACAUGCACAACUCCAACAUCAGCAAGAUCCUCGGCUCGAGGUGGAAAGCCAUGACCAACCUGGAGAAGCAGCCUUACUACGAGGAGCAGGCUCGCCUCAGCAAGCAGCACCUGGAGAAAUACCCGGACUACAAGUACAAGCCGCGGCCCAAACGCACCUGCCUGGUGGACGGCAAGAAGCUGCGCAUCGGCGAGUACAAGGCCAUCAUGAGGUCCCGCAGGCAGGAGAUGAGACAAUACUUCAGCGUAGGGCAGCAGGGCCAGCUGCCCUUAUCCUCUGCAGGCAUGGUCUACCCAGGUGCCCUUUCAAUGGCAGGGAUGCCCUCCCCCCAGAUGCCCUCAGAGCACUCAAGUAUGUCCAGCAGCCCAGAGCCCAACGCCAACCACCACCAGAACCCCCACAUGCCCGGACUGAAGGGGGACGAGCCACGGAUCAAGGAGGAGGAGCUGCGGCUAGACGACAGCAACGGUGACGUGUACGAUGAUUUUGACUAUGAGGACGAAGAGGCCGACUACGCCAGCGACAACGACAACCAUAUCCCCCAUUAAGGCUCUAAAGAUUCUAAACACAUCAGUCAGGAAGAGGAGUUUGUAUUUCGCCAAUCACCUCAAGUUUAAAAGAUAAAAACACCUCCCAUCCCCUCUUCUCCUGACUAACACGGACUCUUUCAGCAGAGCCAGCUCCCCUUCCCCUCCCACUGGAGUCCUGAUACCAGCAUCUGAUUAAUCAACGGAAGCACAGGACCUGUCACUCACACUGACUGUUACACAUGCUGGAGUCUGGGAGGAAGCCAGUUUAAAGCUCACUGAGGAAUAUUCUAGUACUACUGCGAGAGUGUGAUGCCACAAGUGAGAAGACGUUUAUAAAAAAAUCAACCCUUUCCAGUCCAAUCCGGAGGAAAAGGAGACAUUUUAAAACUGAAAAACUAAAACAGCGGACCUGUCAAAGGCUAACAGAUGACACUUUAGGACGGCGGACCUGUUUAUUAUCAAGAGACACUUUUAAGAAACAGCUUUUUUUGUUCUUUGGUUCUAUAAUAUUCUCACUCAGGUACACGGUGCCAAUAAGUGGCUUGUGAAUGUGAUUUGUUGUUUUUUGUGCUACAAGUUUGGAUAAUAAUAGAAAAAAAGAGACUUUUCUUUUUUUUCCCCUCCCUUUUGUUGUAAAGCACCUGAAAGACAUCAGACCUUUAUUUUUAACUGAAUCCUCAGCCUAGCGGUGUGCUAUCGGUGCCUCCACCCACCCACCUCUCUCUCUCUCUUUCUCUCUCUCUCCCCCCUCCGCUCAGGGGGAGGAGACAGGGGAGAACCGAUCGAAGGGGGCGGGGGGGGGGGGGCGUCCCGGAGCGGAAUUGAAAGCACUGUGUUUGUGAGACAAUCCACGAGUUUUCUUCUCACUCCGUCCCUCCUGUCUCCAUCUCGAUAUCGUGUAGGGCAAAAAAAAAAAAAAAAAAAGUUAAAAAAUCAUCACGACUUCGCCUGAAACAUCCGACAGGUGGGCGUCGGUGCGUGUUGCUUACAGCACUUUUGUUUUUGGUUUAGAGCAACAAAAAAAAAGG